GGCCCUGCGCCGCCGCAGUUGCUGCCGCCAUCGCGCCGUGGGGCGGGGGGUCCGCGGGCUCCGCGCUCGAGCGAGGCCGCCUGCAGGGGCGGCGGCCGCGCUGCCGUUACUGCGGUUGGCGCCGCCGCUCUCGCCCACCUGCCGCCGCCAUGUGGAGAGCGGUGGCCGCCGCCUCGGCCCCGGCGCGGGCCCUGCUCCGCGCCCCGCGGCGGGCCGUAAGCGUGGCCGUGUCCCCCACCGCCGGCCUGGCGGACGAGCGGGUGGAGACGCGGGUGACGGGGCUGGGCCCGGGGCAGCCGGUGACCCUGCGGGCGCUGGCGGCCGAUGAGCGCGGCUGCCUCUUCCAGUCGUGCGCUCACUACCGGGCGGACGGCCGCGGCGAGCUGCACCUCAGCACGGACGCCUCGCACGGCGGGGACUACACUGGCGUGGAGCCCAUGGGGCUCUUCUGGAGCCUCGCCCCCGCCGGCAUGGAGAGGCCGUACCAGCGGCUGGUUCCCCGCAGCACCGGCACCCCGAUGAAAGUGGAGAUGUCGGUCCACCGGGGCCACAGCCUGCCCGGCGCCAUCCCCGGGCCGGUGGUGGCCAAGGCCGACGUGGAGAGGUGGUUCACGGUCCCCGGCGUGCGGAGGAUCCGGCUGAAGGAGGGAGGCGUGAGGGGCUCCCUGUUCCUGCCGCCGGGGGAUGGCCCCUUUCCAGGAGUGAUUGACAUGUAUGGUGAUGAAGGAGGUUUGAUUGAAUUUAGAUCCAGUCUUCUGGCUACCCAUGGUUUUGCUGCUCUUUCUCUGCCGUAUUUUGACUUUGAAGAUCUGCCCAAGGUCAUGAAAGAAUUCAAACUUGAGUACUUUGAGGAGGCAGCUAGAUUCCUACAGCGUCACCCGAAGGUGAAGGGCCCAGGAGUUGGAGUGAUUGGGACUGGGAAAGGGGCAGAAUUAGCACUCUCCAUGAUCACUUUCCUGCCAGAAGUAGUGGCUGCUGUCUGUAUCUCCGGCUGUAGUUCAAACACAGUUGCAGACCUCCAUUAUGGUGAGAUGACUCUGCCUGGGCUGCGUUUUGAUAUGAGUAAGGCAAAAGCAACAACUAUCAAAGAAGCUCUAGCCAAAUGGGAAGAAAAAAAUGGCCAGAAGGCUUCAGAGGCAAAGGAGGUGAAACUGUAUGGUCAGAUUCCUCCUGUAGAGAGGAUGGAUGAAUCUCUCUCCACACUUGUUAACUGCGAGAAACUAUCGCUGUCUACAAACUGCAUUGAAAGAAUCGCCAACUUGAACAGCCUAAAAAAUUUGAGGAUUUUGUCUUUGGGAAGAAAUAACAUAAAGAACUUGAAUGGAUUGGAGGCAGUUGCAGAUACUUUAGAGGAGCUGUGGAUCUCAUAUAACUUCAUUGAGAAACUGAGGGGUAUCCGUGUAAUGAAGAAGCUGAAGGUUCUUUAUAUGUCAAAUAAUUUGGUGAAAGACUGGGCAGAGUUUGUGAGACUGGCAGAGCUGCCAUUACUAGAGGAUCUGGUGUUUGUAGGCAAUCCACUGCAAGAGAAAUACGCCUCUGAUCAGAAGAACAAUUGGAUUGAAGAAGCAACCAAACGGGUACCCAAGCUGAAAAAGCUGGAUGGUAUUCUAGUUAUUAAACAAGAAGAAGAUGAAGAAGGAGCAAACUGAUGACACUUUCUUGUUGGGUAUUUAAUUAUUUAAGUAACUCCAGAUAGCUGGGCAUAUAGAACUUUUAUAUGAAAUGUUUGUUUUGAAGAAAAUCUUUGGGCAAUUUUUAAAAGACCAGCUUAUCUGCAGAGUCUCACCCAAAGAGUUAGUUACCAAAAUUUGGGCACUCCAAUUUUGUCAAGCUUAUGACACCUUCUGUAGAGACUAGUGGAGCCAAGUCUAUCUGCUGUUUGGCUAGCAAGAGAUCUUCACCUAAACUAAUACAUAGCUAUUUUUAAUCCCUGAUUAAUGGUGCUUGUUGUUCGCUCUUGGGUUCUAAUAGAACCAUUUUAGCUCGUUAGGUGCAGCUGGCCAACGUUGUCAUUGGAGAUGCUGAGGCCAGAAGAACAAUGUUGUGGUUUAGAGACACAUUGCAGGUUUGUUGUGUUUAAUUUUUGUCAUGUGAAUCCCUCAGUAUUUUAAAUAUGCGAGUUUGCCUUUUCAUCCCCUUAACUGUUACGCCAAACAAGCCCAGUAGUUGUGGACCUACGCACAAAAAAGGUAUUGGUCUGAUGAUAACUUGUUACCGGCCUUAAGUUUCGAAUUGGGCUUCUCGCAGUGGAACUCGACUGCAUCGCUUAGAAGGCCAAGUAUAACUUAUAUAUUUAUUUAUUUUAAAGAGGCAAUGGGAAUUUGCAUGGUUUCAGUGAGACUAAAAUAUCUGCUAGCUUUUUCUUUUUUUUGUCUUUUACUAAGAAGUUAUUUCAGAUUGGAAUAUGUGGCCUAUUAGCCUACAGCUGGUUCCUAGUCUUGGUUUGGAUCACUGGUGGACAUAAUCCUUCUCAGCUCUGGAAUCUCCCUAUAACUAAGUAGGCCGAUACUAACACAGAAACAAACAAUGAACGGAAAACCUGGGCUUGAGGACAGAAAAUUGUGGCCUUGAUGAAAGCACAGACGAAGCAGUGAGAGGAAGUGUAUGUAGUUAGUGAGGAAGGUGAGAUGAGAUGGAAAGUGGGCAUUGGGAAUAAAAGUAUUGAAGAUGUACCAAGUGUGCUAUAUUGCAGGGUAAGCAGUUUUAGAAAAGCUUCCUGAUAUAACAGGUAACUACUUUUAGUGGAAAGCAUUAAACAAUGAUGAAAACAUACAUGAUUGCACUGUUGGAUGCCAACAGUGUGUUUUUCUUUUCUUCAGAGAAUAGAUCAAUAUUCUCUGUCACUGGAGUAGAUUUUUCUGCAGCUCAUUUUUGGUUUUUUACAAGCUUUUCUUCUAAUUCAUAGUACCAUCUUUUCUUAAAUUAAAAUGGCAACAACCUGCCAGGCAUAGAAGGAAUGGAGGCAGAACACCAUUCUUAAUUGUUUGUGAAGGUGUGGCAGGAGUUGAAAUCUUGGAAGUCAUGGUCAGAGAUAAAAAGGUAGAAUUGGUCCAGGCAACAGUGGUAUUGAUCUCAAGCUCCAGACAGAAGUGUAGUACAAGAUAUUCUCUCUCUGAUGAACUUCUAAGUGAAGAGCGUGAAGUAGAUUACAAGACAAUCACAGUCUAGUUUCUAUGAUUCUUAGAGGCAUUCCAAUGUAAACUGGCGAUUGCUGAUACAGCUUGAAUUUGAUUUAGAUCUGUUAUUUAAAACAAGGUCAAGAGUGCAAUGGCAAGAACUGUGGACAUUCUUCACCUAGCACAAACUAUUUCCAGACAUUUCCAUUUCUGUUCUCUUGACCAGAAAGCAGUUUCUUAGUUAACAAGCUCACUGGCUUGUUCUUGCAGACAACUUUAUAUUCAUAUGUAAUUUCUUUUAGAAUUACUCCCCUAGCUUUAGCGUGAGUAAAGGCACCGCUGACCAAGCAGCACAGCGGCACGGAGGGUACAUAUACAGUCAACAGCCAUUUCACACCGGCUUCUUUUAAACCUAAGCCAUUCCGUUCACUUGCAGCCAACCGCUUUGGCAAAGUGAUGUGCUUUGGCAGCACACUCAGCCCCUGCUGCCCCCAGCUCCUCGGGUGGGUCACGGGGGUUGGCCUGUGCCCUUGACGACUGUAACUGAAGUGUGGUUAACGUGAACCAGAGCCAGAGGGGAGCGAAACUUGACCUGUGAAUACUGCCAACAAAUGGAAAUGCCGAAUCCAUCUCCAUGUUUAGAGACGUUUUCAGAACAGACCAUGCAGUGCUCGUGUGCUAGUGCUUGGCCACAAAGAAAAGCGUUUGAACCCCUGUAGCUGGUCCCUCCUAGCACAUCAUCUACAAGUGUGGUACGUGUGGCUACGUUAGCACCUCAAAUGGAACGCAACGGGAGAGAAAGUGAGCAACCAGCACAGUCCAAUGCCAAGAAAUCCUGCUGAUUGAUGAAUAUAUAAGUAUGGUCCAAGUCUGUACGUUUCUGAAGGUCAUGUUUGAUACAGCAAAUACUCUAUGCUUUGGCUAUAUUUUGAGAGCAGAAUAGGAACUUAAGUGUACUGACUGCCUGGUGAUGGUUGGAAUGAAACUGCUCCCGUGAGAGGACGUGAGGGGUAAGAGCAGUUUCUGGCUCCUGUAAGUGAACAGUACAGGCUGUACCUGUGGGAAUUGGUCCAAGAACUGUUGCAGUUGUCAGCAGAGCUGUGUGUAUUGUGGGGCCCACUGUCAUCAGCUCUUUUCACAGAUUAACAGCACAAAUUCACUAAGUUUUUUUUGGGGGGGCUGUAUUAUAGUUACCACCAAAAAAAAAAGAAAAAAAAUCAAUAUUGAAGGAACGGAGCAACCAGUCUCAGCACAAUUGUAACAGCAGUAAGGGCACUUACAAGAUUUCCCUCGCCUUUCACCCUUCAUGCUGUGAUAAAUUAGCAUAAAGUUAAAAACCUUUCAGAUAAAAACUGUAUGUCAAAUCUCAAUGAAUCAAUACAGUAAGAAAAGAAUAAACUCUGGCUCUCAUCUGUCAGGAGAUGCUGAAAGCUGGGUGGAAUAUUCAGCUUCAUGUUGCUUCGCCUGAUGAAUCAUGAUUAGUCUCAAGAACAAAUCAACCUCCCCUGAACUUCUUUUCCUCCAAAAUAAGUAAAGUUUUCCUAAAUUUUAAAAUUUGCACUUUAAAAUUAAGCACUGGAUGUGGUGGAAGACAUAGGUGGCAGAAUUAAAGCAGCUGAUCUGCGUAUCGAUGGUGCUACGCCACGUCACGUAUAAGCUAAAAGCAAAGCUCAGCCUGCACGCCCAUAGCGAGGGGCCGAGUAAAAUGCGGAAAGGCUUGUCUUUCUGUGUGCCUCUUUGCCCUUCCCUAUCACGCCGCAUCCGAUAAAGCAGUAAGCACAUUAUUAUUCAUGGAUGAAAAGAGCACCCAUGUAAAACUUGCAAGCCAUAUAGAAUUUUGCUUUUCCCAGUGAAAUAUGAAGGAUUAGCAUCCACUUUAUUCCUUGGAGAAAUAUCCUAAAAUUAAAUUAGUGAUAGGAAAUAGCUAGGUCUUUUACUUGCCUGUUAGCACACUGACCUCUUUUCAAAGAGCUGAUAUAUGCAGUGAUUAUAUUGAGAAUUGCUGGAAAAAUGUGAGAAGAGACCUGAGAACCAGCAGAUGACUCAGGUUACACUAGAAGUAGACUCAUCUAGAAAAACCUUCAAGCAAGAGAGCACUUUUAACAUCCUCUUUGGCUAUCUUUUGUAUACAGUAAUUUUGUAGCAUGGCCAAGCUGUUAAGUCUGCUGUGUUUAAAUUAUUUAGGCCUAUGUUUAUAAAUGUUAUUCUGUGAAACUCGUUUAAAAAUAAUAUAAUGUUAUUUUAUACAAACGUCUGGCUGUUGUGUAAUGAAAUAGUUCAGCUUGUGGAGAGUGUUCAGAAAUUAAAUUUUGUUCUCAUUAAACUUUCCUAGCUGCUCAGGGAGCAAUGUAUUUAUAGUAUGAUAGUAUGUAAAUGCUGUUUCCUUAUUGCCUCUGAAAAUAACCUAGACUUUAAAAAUGCUGAUAUAUUGUGAUUGUUGUCAUCUGAUACAUAAAUAUUUUUCAAUCUUUUAAGACACUGGUUGUCACACUUUGUUCUUAGGUCCUAAAAGAAAAGUCUACUACUGCUAUAUGAGGGGAAAAAAACCCUCAAGUUAAAUAAAUGGCUAGUCUUUCUUCAGUACAAAAUUACAAUUCACUUGGAAUUUCAGUUAACAGCAAUAUUCUGUCAGUUCCAUUAAACCCAAACAACGGAAGGUUAACUGAUUAAUAAGACAGUGUUACUGAAAUGUAAUUUCAAAACUCCAGUAUCAAGAAAAAGCUUUAUACCCCACAGUCCACAGCAACCAGUCUCAAUAACGACAACAGUAGCAUCCUGCAACAUGCAUGGCUUCACAGUUUUGGCACAAAAUAGUCAAAUCUUAGCACUUUUGCCAGUUGGCUUUGACAGGGAGGUAAAUACAUUAUUUAAAGCCCCAAGUAAAGUCCUGCUCUGCUAUCUGAACCGAAAGCUUUGGUGCUCCCCGUCUCUUUUGCCCACCAAGCAAAAUAUGACUUUUCCAAAUGCUAUUGCUGACCAACGGCCACAGGAGUAAAUUAAACCAAGGGUUUCUAGACCAAGCUGAAAAAAAAAAAAAAAAAAGCUUUUUAAUGGCUUCAGCCGAGUCUUUCUCCUGCCAGCUUUACCAAGAAUACUGAAAUUAAAAUUUGCCAGCAUAAAUUAACAACUAAAACCAGAACAGGUGUGCUGCCAUAGGUUGAAACCUAGCAGGAGGCCAGUCAGACACAGGGACCUGUUUCUGCCAUCUGCUUUAUGCAGUGAAACAUUUGCAGCUUUCAAAGACUUCAUGCCCACAGGUGUGAGAAACACCUCUGUAGCUUAGUUAACUAAAAACCAGUUAACUACCAAAGCAGAAGGAACCUUUGUUUUGAGGCUGGAUGGAAGCAAAUUAAUAUUGAAAAUUAACAGCAAGAGAUCCAGCUGCUGUCAGAGGAAGUGAGAUUAACACUGUAUAAAAA